GACGCUAGCUUCACUUGUCUUCCUAGCGUUCUCCCUGACAGGUUUGACAGAAAAAUAAUGAAGUCGGCGGCCGCCCCUUUCCUUCUCCUCCUGGGCGUCUUCGGCCUGGUCACCGCCCAGACAGUAGACCCCGAUCUCCUUGAACUGUUGAGGGGAAACCCAGAUUUGCUGUCUCUCCUCCUGCAGAGCGAUGAACAUCGCUCCCCUCUCGACAAGCCCAACGUCGUCCUCCUCGUCGCCGACGACAUGGGAUCUGGCGACCUAACAUCGUACGGUCACCCGUCGCAGGAACCUGGCUUCAUCGACCAGAUGGCCGCCGAGGGUCUACGAUUUACCAAUGGAUACGUGGGCGAUGCCGUCUGUACUCCCAGCAGAUCAGCUAUCAUGACAGGUCGUCUACCUGUUCGUAUUGGUACCUACGGAGAGACCCGCGUGUUCCUGCCCUGGACCAAGACCGGUCUACCAAAGAGCGAACUCACCAUUGCUGAGGCCAUGAAGCAGGCCGGUUACGCAACAGGCAUGGUCGGAAAGUGGCAUCUUGGUAUCAAUGAGAACUCUACUACCGACGGCGCCCAUCUUCCAUUCAACCAUGGAUUCGACUUUGUUGGUCAUAACCUCCCCUUCACUAAUAGCUGGAGUUGUGACGAUACGGGGCUUCACAAGGACUUCCCAGAUACCGAAAAAUGCUACCUCUACGUCAACGCCACCCUAGUCUCCCAACCGUAUCAACACAAGGGACUCACUCAGCUCUUCACCGACGACGCCCUUGGUUUCAUUGAAGACAACCACGCCGACCCUUUCUUCCUCUACGUCGCUUUCGCACACAUGCACACGAGUCUCUUCAGCAGCGAUGAUUACUCCUGUACUUCACGUCGGGGUCGAUACGGAGACAACCUCUUGGAGAUGCAUGAUGCUGUUAAAGACAUCGUUGACAAAUUGGAGGAAAACAACAUCUCGGAAAACACCAUCAUCUUCUUCAUCUCUGACCACGGACCACAUCGUGAAUACUGCGAAGAAGGAGGAUACGCCAGUAUGUUCCGAGGUGGCAAGUCUCAUUCCUGGGAAGGCGGACAUCGAAUCCCUUACAUCGUGUACUGGCCUGGAACUAUCAGCCCUGGAAUCUCCAAUGAGAUCGUCACAUCCAUGGACAUCAUCGCUACUGCAGCUGACCUCGGAGGCACCACUCUUCCCACAGACCGUAUCUACGACGGAAAGAGCAUCAAGGACGUUCUUCUCGAUGGUUCUGCCUCGCCUCAUUCCUCUUUCUUUUACUACUGCAAGGACACCAUAAUGGCUGUGCGCGUCGGCAAGUACAAGGCCCAUUUCAGGACCCAACGCGUCCUCAGUCAGCACGAGUACGGUCAAGAAUGCGCUGGAGGUUUCCCGCUUGAAGACUACUUCGAUUGCAACGAGUGUGAGGGAGAUUGCGUGACCGAGCACGACCCACCUCUUCUCUUCGAUCUCGAUAAGGACCCCGGUGAAGCGUAUCCUCUGGAAACCUGCGGACAUGAAGGCGUGUUCCUGACCAUCAAGAGCACGGUGGAGGAACACAAGGCUGUCUUGGUCAAGGGGACACCUCUCCUGGACACCUUUGACCACUCCAUCGUACCAUGCUGCAACCCAGCCACUGACUGCGUCUGCAACUACGUUCAUGAGCCAGGAGUGCCAGAAUGUUACCAGGACCUAGUCGAUACUGCUGCACGGCACUACAGUCCAUAGAUUUUGUGAUGUUUGAGUCUUUGCGUUGUUGUGUUACAGAGAUUUUCUCAAUCAACAAUGUUUGAUGAUUCUGUUUGAGUAUUUUGAAUUUAUUGUAUCCUUCUAUUGGUUAUACGUUUUACACGGGCAUUUUCCCUCUCUUUCAUUCGUUGCUAUAUUCAUACACUAUUUUAAAAUUUCUUUUGAACUUUUGAACUCAUAUUUUAGUUUUUUGUUGAAAAUUUGAACUUUUGAACCUCCUCAGUUUUUUAAACUUUUGAAGCUCUAACUUUUCGAUCUGUGUUAUUGGUGGCUAGUCACAUUUGACCUAUCAUUGUCAUUAUUGUUCAUUGAUAGUGUGAUUGCAUUGGUUUUUAUGCUAUUAAUCUUAAUCUUCUAUUGUUUGAAUUACAUAUACUAAUAUACCAUUGUUAUUUGUAUGUUUUCAAAUGUUUUUUUAAAAUAUAAAUAGAUGAAACAAUAUAAUAGCUAGGCUGGUCAGAGUACAUGUAUGGUAUAGCAAAUGUUAUUAUGUAAUACCCCCUAUGCGGUUUAGUCUGCAUGAGCUCGGAUAAUUUUCUCCAAAUCGGGAUAUUACAAUGUUCUGCUUACUGCUAAGAUGAGUGAGUAGUUCAUAUUUCGUGAUUAAUUCUCAUUUGUUUAUUCCAGUACUGGCAUAAGCCAGGUAUAACGACGGGGACUGUAUUACACAAUUGCCUUGAUUUUUCUUUCAUUUCCUUGUGCAUAUAAUCCUUAUGCGUAUUGCAUGGUGUGUCCGUGGACUUAUUUUAGUCCAUGGUGUGGCAGUAUUAACGUCUAUUAAUCAACCAGACCUAUUCGUUCGGUAUUGCCAGAGCUCUUUUGUCAUGUGAAAGAUAAUAAAUAAACUUGAUUCAAAUUAAACUGCACCCGCUAUAAUAACCCAUGGAAAUAAAUUUGCACCCAACUAUCAUAAAAAUA